CUCCUUCAGCUCUUUGGAACAAACAGAUGCUUUCACCUCCUGGUUCGUAGCAGUGCUGCUGCAGCUUCACGGCAGUCAGGACGAGAACAUGUUUGUCACUAUCCUGUUUGGAGAUGUCGCAAUGUCAAGAUAUUUUUCUUGACAGACAGCAAGAUGGAGAUGUUCAAUCUCAACUGUAAGCUGAUAAACUUCCUCCAUCACUUAAAGGAGCGCUGCGGUCUGGACUUCAAAGAGUGUGUGGACCUGAUGGACAGCAGUGGCAGAGUGAUGAACCUGGAGGGGAAGCAGCAGAGUAUGGCUCUGACCAGCAGCGUGCUGGAGGAGAGGCAGUACUACGUCCUCCUGCGAGUGUGCAGAGAUGACGAUACUGGAGGCCGCAAAUAUGUGUCUCUCCUUAACAACUUCAGCCAGAAUCAUCCUGAGUUAACAGAGCUGCUGAGGAAACUGGCGAACCCCGACCAGGAGCGAGACCGGAAGACCAGAGGAGGACGGACACAGAGGAGCGGUCCUGCCAAACAAACCAGGAGCAAAAACAUCUCCGCAAAUAGCAGCAGACAACAAAAGAAAUAGCUUCUAUACGAGCCAUGACGGACUUUUGAGUCUGAUUUCUUCUCCACUUUUCUGUAGAAAACCUACAACAUAAUACCUGAUGUAUUUACACAUUAACAGACUAGCAGUAUAUUACGUCCUGUUUUUAUGCAAACAGGAAUUCAGCAAAUGCAUGUUUUCUGUUUUAGUUGUCUGUACUACUGGGUCGUAAGCAACACUGUAUGAGAAGACGGUUGAGACAGUGUUCACUGACAGUAACAAGAAAGAAGUAAGAAGAAAU